AUGUUCAAGUGGGCGCAGCAGCAGCUGGCCAACGUCGCCGGCACGCAGGAGCCCAUCUAUGGCGCCUCUGCCAUCAAGUCGGUCGCUGAGGAGGCCGAGACAACGCCUUACUCAGAGCUCACCAGGGACGACCUAAAAUGGCAGGCAAUGGAGUCCACCAGCGUCGAAACCCAGACCUUCUACUUCAUGUCCGACAGUGGGCAGCUCGCUUUUGCCCAGGUCAUUUAUAGCAACGUGGCCGGCAUCCGCACUACCUGCCAGUUCAACUGCAAAGUCUUCAGCCUCGACGGGUCGAAACCCCACCUCUGGUCCACGACGCAGUUGAGCAACCACGACUUCAGCGAAGACCGGACCGGUUUCUACGCCGAUGAUUGCGCUGUAGAGCUCUCGGAAGACGGAACAACAUAUACAAUCAAGUCGAUGAACGACGACAAGGCCAUUGUGAACCUAACCGUCAAGCGGACGGCCCCAGGUUUCAAGGCGGGAAAGACCGGCAACACGCUUUUUGGCACCGACCUGUCCAACCCUUGGGGGUCUAUGCGCCACAUCUUUUGGCCGAGGUGCACUGCUGAGGGAACGGUCACGACCAAGGAGGGCCCCAUCGACUUCAAGGGCAAGGCGUUCUUCUCCUAUGCGCUCCAGGGCAUGAAGCCUCACCAUGCCGCGGCCAAAUGGAACUUUUGCAAUUUCCAGGGCCCAAAGUACUCAGCCAUCCUAAUGCAGUUUACCACCCCGCCGUCGUAUGCUUCGACCGUGGUAAAUGUGGGUGUCAUUGCCAAGGAUGGGGAGAUCAUCGUUGGCGGUUGCAAGAGCAACGUCACCCACAUUCAAACCAAGAGUGACAGUGAGAACGACUGGCCAGAGCCGACGACCAUCAAGUACACAUGGGCGGGGACAACCAAGGAUGGCAAGCCUGUGGAGGCCUUUAUCGAAGGCGGCCUUGAAGAGAAACUCGACAGGAUAGAUGUCAUGGCCGAGGUUCCUGGUUUCGUAAAGAAAAUCGUGGCCGGAGCCGCAGGCACGAAGCCGUACAUCUACCAGUACUCGCCACAAAAGACGAAGCUGUCGCUAAAGCUCAAGAUUGGGGACGAGGAAUUUUCCGAGGAAGGCUUCGUGUUCAGUGAAGCAACCUUUAUUUCUGAAUAG